AUGUCCUGCCCCAUGUGCAGAGUUGAAGUUAACCUACCUCCAGCUGGAGUCGCGGGACUGCCAAAGAACUUCGAGUUGUUGAGCAUUAUUAAUACAAAAGUCACACCCCAUCACGAAGAAGGUGAACGCUUAUACACUUGCGAAGCUUGUAGUGAUAAACAUCCUGCCACCUCUUUCUGCUUAAACUGCCAAGAGGACAUGUGUAAUCUUGCAGCCGGCUGUCACUCUCGCAGCAAAGCAAGUUGUGAUCACAAAGUUUUCUCCUUGGAAUCGUCGCUUGUGACCGUUUUCUGUCAAGAACAUAAACAGCGAUUCCGUUUAUUCGAAUUUCGCUUAUUUGAAGUUCGGAAUUCAGGAUUUUAA